GUGGUGAAGAAAAAAGCAAAAUGAAGCUUUUCGUGGUGCUAACUUCCGUUGUGCUCUUGAUAGGAUGUGCAGUUGGUGUGAAGGAUCGUUUUGAUAACUACAAAGUCUACACUGUGAACGUUGACAAUGAGGCUCAACUGAAGGUGCUGUUCGACCUGGAGAAGGUCGCUUUCUCCAGCUACGACUUCUGGAAGCGUCCAACGAAAGUUGGUCUGCCCGUUGACAUCAUGGUUCCGCCGCACAAAGCUUCGGAAUUCGAUGAGAUCAUGCGAUCUCUCAGCUUCACAUCAACCUUGAAAAUUCCCAACGUUCAAGUGCUUAUCGACAAUGAACAGCCAAAGAACCCAAGAGAUGGAUUCAAUUGGGAGCGAUACUGGACAAUGGAUGAAAUUAAUGAGUGGCUGGAUCAGAUUGUGGCCGAACACAGUGAUGUCUUGACUCCAAUUAGCUACGGCUACAGCUAUGAAUUGGAAGAGAUCAAGGGAGUUCUUCUUUCGUACAGACCAGGAAAUCCUGCAAUCUUCAUUGAAUCCCUCAUCCAUUCCAGAGAAUGGAUCGCUGGUGCUACUACCACGUGGCUAAUCAAUGAGUUUUUAACAUCAACUGAUCCAGAAAUUCGUCGUAUUGCUGAGAGCUACGACUGGUACAUCUUCCCCGUAACUAACCCAGAUGGUUAUAGGUACUCUCAUGAUGUGAACAGAAUGUGGAGAAAGACUCGCUCCCGUCACGAUCUGUACUGCUUGGGAGCUGAUCCUAAUAGGAACUUUGGUCAUAUGUGGCAGGAUGGAACCGGACCAGGAGCAAGUAAUGAUCCUUGUUCAGAUAUUUUUGCUGGUCCUGCUCCCUUCUCUGAACUUGAAACCGGACAACUGGCUAACUUUGUUCUCCAACGUACAGAUCACAUUAAGAUGUAUCUGUCCUUCCACUCCUUUUUGGAACUUCUUCUUUAUCCUUUUGGCUACACUGCUAACCAAAGUCCCAUAGCCGCUGAUCUCCAACAAAUUGGUGAAGCAGCUGCUGAACGUCUUAGGCAACCAUUUGGUACUGAAUACCGCGUCUUCAACGGACAUUCGCUGUACAUUGCAACAGGAAAUAGUAUUGAUUGGACCUAUGGUGCAGCUGGAAUUAAUCUAAGCUAUGCCUACGAAUUCAGAGACGAUGGGACUUACGGAUUCCUUCUUCCUGCUGAUCAAAUCAUCCCUAAUUCAAUUGAAGUUAUGCAAUCCUUAAUUGGUAUGAUUGAUGAAAGUGAAAGGCUAGGACAUCUGCCCUGACUGACUUGGAAAAGCUCUGACGAAUUCUUAUAAACAGGAUUCAAAUUUUUCAAAAAUGCAUUUCAAAACAAUAAAAGAAAUAAAUGGAAUUUGGCAUUAUAUAAAUUAUUCGAGAAGAUAGAGCUUGAGAGGCUUCAAAAUAUUAUGAAAAUGGAAAUUAGAAGGUGGAUUGUACAAUAACGACACUAAAUUCUCAAUUUUCCUUCCAUUAAAGUUAUCAACUUUUAACAAUUUUUUGAAUACCUACCAAUUCAAACGUUUAACGUUAGGUAUUGUUCUACCUUUUGGCGUUUUUACUUCGCUUUGACCGUUUUUUAACGUUUCGUGUCUCUUUUCUAAAUUCUUUUCCAAAGUUUGAUUUUUAAUUUCCAACAAUUAACUAUCCUUUUCUAACAUUUAGCAUUACUUUUCUUUCCUUUUAGGAUGUUAAGACUCCUAAACAA